GCAUGUGACUUUGCGUUGGUGUGCCAGAGUGGACUGAAAGGGUUAAUCAUGGGCAGCCAGCCAAUUGUGGCUCCUGGAAAUCUGAUGCUGGAGUUUACUGCCUAUGUACUCCAAAUGCACAAGUGGCAGUUUACAUCUGACAAGUCACAGGGUGGAACUCCAGUGGAACUUAGAUACAGUAUCAUUCUGGAUUCAAGUUCUGAAGAGUUUGGAAAGACUCCGUCAGCAUGUCUACCCUCCCUCCUGCUUCAGCAUCAGGGAGAACAAGCCUGAGGAACUCCUGAGGUAUCUGACAUGUCCGUACCCUACAGGCAUCACUGUACUGGAAUAAAAUUGUAUACUUAAAGCAUGAAACUAACGGACAGAACUCUGCUUUCUUCUCUUAACUGACAUUUUCCAGAAUCUGAAUGGGCAGGCUAUUUCCAGUGACUCAGUUCUAUGUUUCUCCAGGAAAUGUAUAUUUUGCAGACAUGCAGGUCUGUUAAUUUUUUCAGGAAUAAGCAGUAGACCGGGGAGGAAAGCUGUGACUUGGAUCCUGUUACAAUUCAGUGUUCCCAAUAUUCCAGGCAUGGAGGGUCUGUUUCGCAGGAGAAGAGUUCUGAAAACCUGCCUAAGUGUGUCUUUAUUUUGUGUAACACUGGUGACUAUUCACAAGUUACAUAUAGUGGAGGAAGGGGGCAAGAACGAGUUGCCACUGAAUUCUAGAGUCAAGCAUGAAUGGCUUCAGCCAGAGAACAGCUCCCACAAAAGAAGCAGUGAAGGAACCAGUUAUCAUAAUGCUGGAUCUAACAAUGAAAGAGAAAGACUUUCCAGGGCAACUGAUUUAUCACCCUCAAGGUGGGACAUAAAUGAAAGCAGAUGUCCCGAAAACAGUGCUCUAAGGAAGCAACCCUGGUUCAAACAUGUGGAUUCCAGGUUCCACCAAUUUAUUUUGCACAGGCACUGUAGGUAUUUUCCACUUCUUCUGAACCACCCGGAAAAGUGCCAAGGAGGAGUCUACCUGCUCAUUGUAGUAAAGUCCAUAAUUGAACAGCAUGACAGAAGAGAUGCCGUGAGGAAGACCUGGGGCAAAGAAAAUGAAGUGGAUGGGAAGAAAAUUCGAACACUGUUUCUUCUGGGAACCACAUCACUGGGUAAAGACCAUCGAAACCUCCAGAGGCUUAUUGAACAAGAGGACCAAAUAUAUGGAGACAUCCUGCAAUGGGAUUUUAUGGACACUUUUUUUAACCUGACCCUUAAAGAAGUCAACUUCCUAAAAUGGUUUCACGUUUAUUGCCCAAAUGUGCAGUUUAUCUUUAAAGGGGAUGAUGAUAUUUUUGUUAACACAGGGAACAUAUUAGACUUCUUAGACUUUAAAAAGGACGACCCUCUGUUACCAAGUUUAUUUGUGGGGGAUAUCAUUUCACGAGCAGCUCCUAUCAGGAACCGGCAAAGCAAAUACUUUAUUCCUAAAGAGUUGUAUGAUAAGCCGUACCCAGUUUACGCUGGUGGAGGAGGGUUUUUAAUGGCUUCUUCUCUUGCACAGAAGCUCUUUAUAGCUUCUGAGAAGAUACAGCUAUUUCCCAUUGACGAUGUAUUCCUGGGGCUGUGUUUAAGUUCUGUAGGGGUACAACCCAAGCUGCAUCCAGGAUUCCGGACAUUUGGGAUAAGCAAACGAAAAUCUAGUGCAAUGAAUAUGGACCCUUGUUUUUAUAAGAACCUGUUGGUUGUCCACAAAAUGAGCUCUGAAGACUUACUUAAAAUGUGGAAUAUUGUCCACCAAGAAAAGAUCAACUGUAGUAAGUCAGUUCAUCUCUAAAGUUCCAUUUAAUCCGGUGACAUAAUGUAAAGUUCAUCUUUCUAAACAGGGACAAAAAUUAGUGUGGAAUGCAAAGUAAAAAUAUUUUUGUUACAUUGACAAUGUAUACAUUUAUACAUGCAUUUAUACAUGCAUUUACACAGUCAUAUCAUAAGGGAAACCAUUUCUUUAUAUUCUUGUACUGUGCAGGUAUAGGAUUAUCCAGAAAACUUGGGUUUUCCAGAUAAUGGAUCCUUUUCUAAUUUGGAUCUCCAUACCAUAA